GGGGGUGAUCAGUGCCCUGGGCUCCCAACCUCACAUCCCGUCCUCCCCCGGGGCGGAGGCCAGUCUGUCUUCCCAGCCUGCCCCAGAGGAGCAUUGCUGGGUGGCCAGGGCAGGGCUGCCUACCCAUCCCUGGCCCCUGGACCCCUGGCAUCUGGGGCAGAAGCAACAUCAAAGCAGGGAUUGGCCAGCUCCCACCCCAAAUGCCAAGCAGGCCAGGCUCAGGGAGCACUUGGGGGUGUGACGAAUCCCAGCCAGUCUCCAGCUCACGUCCCCGGGCCAGUCUGCCUUGGGCCUUGCCCCACCAUGACGCGCCCAUCAUUCAGCCUGGCUCAUCUGCUCACCCUUUCGGGACUGCUGUGCUACUCGGCUUGCUGCCUGGCCCUUCCUGGCCUGGAUCAGAAGAAGCGUGGCAGCCACAAAGCAUGCUGCCUGCUGACACCCCCUCCGCCCCCACUGUUCCCACCACCGUUCCUCAGAGGGGGCCGAAGUCCGCUUCUCUCUCCAGACAUGAAGAAUCUCCUCUUGGAACUCGAGACCACACAGUCCCCAUGCAUGCAGGGCUCUCUCGGCUCCCCUGGACCCCCCGGCCCCCAGGGUCCACCCGGACUUCCUGGCAAGACAGGACCAAAGGGAGAAAAGGGGGAGCUUGGCCGACCAGGAAGGAAGGGUAGACCUGGCCCCCCAGGUGUUCCUGGCAUGCCUGGGCCUGUUGGCUGGCCUGGCCCUGAAGGACCCAGGGGAGAAAAAGGUGACCUGGGCAUGAUGGGCUUGCCAGGGUCAAGAGGACCAAUGGGCUCCAAGGGCUACCCAGGAUCCAGAGGGGAAAAGGGAUCCAGAGGUGAAAGGGGUGACUUGGGUCCCAAAGGAGAGAAGGGUUUCCCAGGAUUUCCUGGAAUGUUGGGGCAAAAAUAUCACUGUCAGGGCCCUAGAUCCCAAGAGCCCCUUGUCUUUCCUGUACAUUGGCUUCUCAUGCUUGUUACUUCAUGGUUGCAAUAUGGCUGCUGCAGCACAAGUUAUCUUGUCUGUCUUCAAGACAGGAAUAAGAGAGAAGGUAUAUCUCUCAGCAGCCCUUUUAUCUCCUUUGCAUCUUGGAUCAAAAUCAUCCCUUUGAACUUCUCUCUCAGGCCCACCCUGAAAUGCUUUGGACUUCAACCUCCUGUCUGUUGUUUAGGUUGCUCAUAUCUUCCUGGGUUGUUCAGUUUUCUCUUUCUUGGCUCUAGUAACAUAACAAUCUAUUGCUUCCUAGGACAACUUGUAAUGGGACCCAAAGGGGAGCGAGGAUAUCCUGGGCCCCCAGGAAGAUGUCUUUGUGGACCCUCUGUGAAUGUGAAUAACCCUUCCUACGGGGAAUCCAUGUACGGGCCCAGCUCCCUGCGAGUUCCUGUGAUUUUUGUGGUCAACAACCAGGAGGAACUCGAGAGGCUGAACACUCAGAACGCCAUUGCCUUCCGCAGAGACCAGAGAUCUCUGUACUUCAAGGACAGCCUUGGCUGGCUUCCCAUCCAGCUGACCCCUUUCUACCCUGUGGAUUCCACUGUAGACCAGCGUGGCACCUGUGGGGAUGGGGUCCUGCAGCCUGGGGAGGAGUGUGACGACGGGAACCAGGACGAGGGUGACGACUGCAUCCGUUGUCACCGGGCCUACUGUGGAGAUGGUCACCGGCACGAGGGCGUGGAGGACUGUGACGGCUCCGACUUUGGCUACCUGACAUGCGAGACCUAUCUCCCUGGGUCAUAUGGAGACCUGCGGUGCACCCAGUACUGUUACAUCGACUCCACACCCUGCCGCUACUUCACAUGAGGGGCGUGAGGAACAGGUGGGCUGUAGCCCAUGGAACUGGCGGCAGCUUCCUCAACCCUCAUCAAGCUGGCCUUGCGCUCUCCUGGGCCAGUGUCCACCAACCUUUGUGUGACAAAAACAAGGAUGAAUUCUCGCUGCUAAGACGUGCUUUUGACUCUGUCUGACUGGAAGAAUUUAGGACCACUGCAUCCUGUCUUAAUCCAAAGUACCAGAAAACCUUCUACAUGCCCACCCUGGGAACUGUUCCCUGUCUCUACCAUCUGGCCUAAGAGCCAGCUAAAAUGCCCUUUCCUCUUCUGGAUUGUCGUUGUCGCAGGCCGUGGACUUGGCUUAGCACUGUUAGACACGUGUAAACCUGCGGGGCUGUUUUAGUUUGUUGGGAGCUGAUUUGGGUUCUCGGUCUCUUGGACCUCCGACACGCAGGUGUUCUUACCUGAGAACCACACAGCAGAGAAGUGGACAUGUUCUCUCAAUAUGGCUCACAGCUUUGGACCCCGCCAGGGACCUCUGGUCAGAGGACAACCCGGCUUCAUGUGGAAAUGGCUCCCCCAGGAAGAGACCCAACUGUGAAAAAGUACUGAGAACGCCACAAAACCCAUGCUCACCUUUGCACCGUCCACUCAGAAAAGGACCCCUGAGCAGAGGGUGGAGGCUCAGCUGAGUCACUUGCCUGCAAACAACAGCUUCCUCAUGCUCAACAGGAGGAGGUAGUAGGACCUGCCAAAGGCCUCUCACUUCUUGAUGUUUCCCACAGCGGGAUUCUUAGAGUUGCCAAAUCCCUGCCGCCAUCUUGAUCUUGUGGCUCUCUAUACUUUGACCUCUGUCUUGCAAGGAGUGCCCCUCACUUCCAUUUCCUGUUCAGGAGACUCACUCCAUAAGUCCACACACCUGGGAAGAUGUUGGUCUUUCCGUGUUCUUGGGCACAUACAGUCCUGGCCUUCCCCAUCUAGGGUCCCACUGCAAGGACACUCUCAGCAGACUGUUUCUAUCCUAAGGUGCAUCUCCUCAUUUCCUGAUGACUCUUGGGGUUCCCUUUUGUAACUGCAUUGUGCACAUCCUUGUCCUCCUGUCUGUGUGCCUGCACUCUUCACUUUUCUAUAGAAUCCUUAGUCCUGA